GUUCACGCCUGUCAAAUUCUAUUUUGUCAAAUAAUUCCCGGGAAAAUCUCUCGGCGAACAUCCUGCAAAAUAAACCAGUGCACGAGAUGGCUGAUGCCGAAGCUCUGGCUGCGCGUAGGGAGCGAAGACGCCGCAGGAUCCUCGACAAUGCUGAGAGCCGCAUGAAAUGUUUCACAAAUCUCAAGAAAACCGUCCGGGCCGCCAGCGUCGCCGAUCCGCUCACAACAGUAGCCCUGCGCGAAUCACACUCACCUUUUCACCGGGAGUUUAUAGACGACAAAAGUAAUCCUGGAGGCGAAUUCACAACGCUGAAAGACAAAGACCCGCUCGGUAAGGACGAUGACUUCGAAGUGCCACCAGCGCUCAACGAAGACGAGCUCUUUGGUCCACGCUUCGCCAGCAAUCCCACCGAUACCGGCCUGGAACAGCCAAAGAAACUCACCAGCUAUCGCAAAGGUAUCAUCCUCUUAUUGGGCAUUGCAGUUAGGUACAUAAAUCUAAUCUUUGAGAACGGCGACGAGAUCGUCGGCUUCGACCUGAGUUACCUGCAUUUGAGCAUGAUCUUCGUGCCGUUUCUUAUUUAUGAAAUCACCGAGUAUAUUGUCUGCCCGCCGACGGUGGAGAUGAGCAAGACGCUCAAUUUGAUGCUCAUGUUGAACAAUAUCUCGGGGCGGCGCCUGAGCAUCGUCGUGAUUACAGCGAAUCAUGUGCUUCGGUUCCUCAAGGAAGUGGCCGUGUACUUCUUUGCUUACAUUUUCUUGGACAUGGUGUUUGCGAUUUUCCGCGUGGACGACGAUGUUGUUUGAUUUUUUUUAUUUUUGUGUCCGAAUAAAAUACUUUUGCAUAAAUAAAUUGUACAGAAACAA